AUGGCGCCCAACAUCUGGGCCGUUCCCCUCGAACUCACCAACUUCAACAUCAUCACCUCUGUCCUCGGAGGUUUUGUGUCGUUGUUUGGUCUCGUCUCCUACCUACUCAAGGAGCACUAUUUUAUGUCGGAAGCUUUGAUCGCUCUCCUCGUUGGCAUUGGACUCGGCCCUGCUGGCGCCAACUUUAUCCGCCCACGGAGCUACGCACAGUGCAACGAGUAUGGCGUCUCCGAGGCGCAAUGCCAGGAGAAUCUCGACUCCAUCACCGUCAAUUUCUCGCGCCUAGUUCUGGGCGUUCAGCUGGUCAUUGCAGGCGUCCAACUGCCCAGCAAGUACCUGGUUCGAGAAUGGAGGCCGCUCCUUCUGCUCGUCGGGCCCGGGAUGGUGUGCAUGUGGCUGUCUACCAGCCUCCUCGUGUAUUUAAUCGCCGGGCCACCGAGUUUCCUGCACGCACUGGCUGCAGGCGCGUGCGUGACGCCUACAGACCCCAUCUUGUCCAACGUCAUCGUCAAGGGCAAAUUUGCUGACCAGAACAUCCCCAAGGACCUACAGGACCUGAUCAUCGCCGAGUCGGGGACCAACGACGGACUUGGGUACCCCUUUCUCUUCUUCGCCCUGUACCUGAUCAAGUUUGUGGGCGCGGGCGCCACCUCGGGCGGGGGUCUGGGCGAGGGACUCGGUGUCUGGGUUGUCUUCACAUGGUGCUACGUGAUCUUCCUUAGCAUCCUGUACGGCACCGUCGUGGGCUGGAUCGGCAAGGAGCUCUUGUACUGGUGCGAGAAACGCAACUUUGUCGAUCGCGAAAGCUUUCUCGUCUUUGCGGUGGCGCUCGCUCUCUUCGUGCUCGGGACCUGUGGCCUCAUUGGCACGGACGAGGUGCUCGCCUGCUUCAUCGCGGGCAACGCGCUGACGUGGGACGAUUGGUUUCGCGAGGAGACGGAGAGCGACUCGCUGCAGCCGACGGUCGAUAUGCUCCUCAACGUCUCCGUCUUCCUGUGGUACGGUGCGUACAUGCCCUGGAACCGCUUCGUGGAAGAUGCGACCACCAGCCUGGGCACGCUUUUCUUCCUCGCGAUCUCCGUACUGCUUCUGAGACGGCUUCCCUGCAUUUUCGGCAUGCACUGGUGGAUUCCACAGAUUGCCGACAGGAGGCAAGCUGCCUUUAUGGGCUUCUUUGGACCCAUUGGCGUGUCUGCCGUCUACUACAUCUUCAUCAGUCUUGACUUUAUCCGGAUGCAUCUGUCGGAUGAGAAUGGUGUGCCACGCAGCGACGUCGAGGACCUUGGUAGCUUGAUCAGGACGGUCGUGUGGUUCCUCUGUCUCUGUAGCAUUGUCGUCCACGGCCUCAGCAUACCGCUAGGGACCUUUGGUUUCCUGGGACCAUCUGCGUUUCGUGGUUCUCCCAGCCGGGUGAGUCUGGGCCACGAUAGCCCUUAG